CAAGGGUUGGACUUCAUGAUCUCGGAGGUCCCUUCCAACCCACCUGAUUCUAUGAUUCACACUAGCGCAAGCCUUUCAGAAAGGCGAUCUAAACGAAGCAGGAGCGCAGCAAGCGCACGGCGCCGACCGGGCAGCAGAGUGGGUUCAGAGUGGGGCAGGCGCUGCAGGACGGGAAGGAGAACCACCGCCGGGCACCAGCGGAGCCCUCAAGGGCGAUGCUGCCGCUUUAAGGGCGGGCGGGAGCGGGGCCUUCCCCGGCCCGGCCCCGGGGGCGGUGGCGGAGCAGCGGCGGCAGCAGGAAUUGUCAUCCAUCGCUAUGAAAAACAACGUCCUGUGAGUUUGUUUCAAGCUUUCUGCUUCAUCAGCCUGCUUCAGAUAAGCUGUGCUCUGAGCUCUCCUGGGGAGGGUUCGUCUCCUUGGGGAAGAAUGGCCUUCCAUGGCUGGAAGUGGCUCCUCCUUUUGGACAGGCAGAACUUCUUUGCCAAAGCUUGGAGUAGCAGGAGGGGAGGCUGGAAGCGCUGUUGCCAUUGGAGUGCUGGCAAGUCUCUGGACCCCGAGGUGAAAGCAUUUUUGGAGGAGAACACGGAGGUCACCAACAGUGGGCACCUCACACCAGAGAUACGGCUGCGCCUCCUCACCCCUCGCUGCAGGUUCUGGAGAGAAAAACCCGACCUGUGGCCUUACGGGGACCCAUUCUGGGCAAUUUACUGGCCAGGAGGCCAAGCCCUCUCCAGGUACAUUUUAGAUAAUCCCCGCGUCGUUAAGGGACGAUCGGUUUUGGAUCUUGGAAGUGGAUGUGGAGCAACAGCAAUAGCUGCUGUGAUGAGUGGGGCAUCCCAAGUCCUCGCUAAUGACAUCGACCCUAUUGCAGGAGUGGCAAUGAUCCUGAACUGUGAACUGAACCACCUGAAUCCCUUCCCCAUCACCAUUAAGAACAUCAUUAAUUCAGAGGCCGGCAACUGGGACCUCAUUGUUUUAGGAGAUAUGUUUUAUGAUGAACAACUUGCUGAUGGUCUGCAUCAGUGGCUGAGGAAGUGCAUCAGGAUACAGCAAACUGAAGUGCUGAUUGGUGACCCUGGCAGGCAUCAGUUUUUAAGCCACAGCAUUCACAGUCAUUUGCACAAAGUUAUAGAAUAUUCACUUCCUGAGUACACUAGACAAGAAAACCAUGGAUUAACAUCAAGUAUCGUCUGGAGUUAUCAGCCCUCAAAUGGCUCAGAAGACUGUUGAAGUUGGCUUUGUAAGGAAUUUUGUCUUGCUUGGUUGGCUUUUUAGUGAGUAUGUAAAAAGAAAAUGGGAAUUAAACACAGUACAUUAUUUGUUGAUGUAAAGCAGAUUCCUGUACCUUCACUGAACUGAUUUGUCAUACUCACUGAGGCUUUUGCUCCAUUUGAGGUAAAAGCUACAUGCAAACUGUAUUCAGAGGGGCCUGCACUGAAGUGCAGACCACAGAUGAAUCGCACGUAAGAGUUUGCAUGCUUGAUGUUUUUUAUGUAUAUUUGUGUCUUGCUCUCUAACAGUACUGUGAAAUGUUUUGGAUGUCCAGUACACUGCUGUGGGAAGAGGGCCAUGGCUGACAGACUACUGCACUGCUUUCACAGACUUUUGUGGCUUAUUUAUAGAGAAAUUAUCAGUGUCCUUCGUAAAAUUCUAAUUCAUAAGAGAUUAAUAGCUCUUAAUAUGCUCAAAGUGCCUUGCUCCUUUUCUGGAUCUCUCUUCUGAAUGUCAGAGUAACUAAUUUAAAUCUCCCUUUUCCCCUCUAUAAUAAAAGCUUACUCUUCCUUCAAA